UGUGCGCUCUUCACCGGGGCAUAGACGAUCUCGGGCCGGAGCUGGUUUUGACAGCAGCGGGGAGCUGGUGAGGAGGAGAGCCGAGGAUCCGUGUGGACCACAGCUUGCUGCUGCAGCGGCUGAGGGGGACGGACACACACAUACACGCACACACACACCGGGCACGGCCCCUCAAGACACGCACAUACACACGCCUCAUCAUUCUCUACAGCAUCAACACACACACACACCCUCACACACACAUUCAGUGCUGCUGCUGCUGCUGCUGGGGGAGGAAACAGGAGCCGGUUUGCAGACGGUUUCAACAACCUUCUGAGGACCAACAGUGGCUGAAGUUAAAUCCUCACAGACGUCUUCACCGUGUCGACCACCGUACCUGCUGUUAGAAUCUGGAAAAAAGGUCUUCACCACGAUGCAUCCGACCACGGACAGAAACAGGAAGUGGCUGCCUGGUUUUGGAGCUAUGCUAUUGGUACUCUUGAGUCGAGUGACUUCAGCGCUAGAAGUGCCUCUUGAUCCUAAAGUACUGGAAGGAUUGCCCCAACCUCCCACUAUAACGCUACAGUCCCCGAAGGAUUACAUCUUUGAUCCGCGGGAGAACAUCGUCAUCCACUGUGAGGCCAAGGGGAAGCCGACUCCCAGCUUCUCCUGGACGAGAAACGGCACACACUUCGACGUGGAGAAAGACUCCAAAGUCCUGGUCAAGCCCGGCUCAGGAACUCUCGUCAUCGACAUCAGCGGCGAAAAGGCGGAGGCUUACGAGGGAACAUAUCAGUGCACAGCCCAUAAUGAGCACGGCACGGCUGUAUCCAACAACAUCGUCAUCAGACAGUCCAGGUCCCCCCUGUGGUCGAAGGAGAGAAAUGAAGCCAUCACUGUGCAGAUGGGGGUCUCCCUGGUGCUGCAGUGCCGGCCCCCUGCUGGGCUGCCCCCUCCUGUCAUCUUCUGGAUGGAUAACAAUUUUCAGAGGCUGCAGCUGGACAAACGAGUGUCCCAGGCCCUGAACGGAGAUUUGUACUUUUCCAACGUUCUCCAAGAAGACACCAGGAGCGACUACAUCUGCUACGCCCGCUUCCCCCACACGCAGACGAUCCAGCAGAAACAGCCCAUCUCCGUCACCGUGCUCAACAUGGAAACAAUGAAUGAGACUGUGGCUGCUUUAUACAAUAUCACUGAGUUCUAUAGUGACAGCCCAGAGGGGGAGCGUCGUCCGGGGUUCAUGAUGCCUCUGGGCCCCACCAGUACCAAGAUGGUCCUGAGAGGAGAGACUCUGGAGCUGGAGUGCAUCGCCGAGGGCCUGCCCACUCCAGAGAUGUCGUGGCAGAAGGACGGAGGUGAGCUGCCGGGCAGCAGGACGUCCUUUCAGAACUUCAAGAAAACACUGAAGAUUUCAGACGUGAAUGAAGCAGACGGAGGCGACUACCGCUGUACGGCGGCAAACAACCUGGCCACUGUAUACCACAUCAUCAAGGUCACUGUCAAAGCGGCUCCUUUCUGGGUCAGCGCUCCCAGGAACCUGGUCCUCGCCCCGAAUGAGACCGGCAUCCUGACCUGCCGUGUCAGUGGAGAACCCAAACCCAAAAUCAGCUGGUUUGUCAACGGAGUCCCCAUAGAAAAUGCUCCUGAGGACCACACUCGCAAGGUGGAGGACGACACCGUGAUUCUCAGCAAUGUGCAGUCAGGAUCCAGCGCCGUCUACCAGUGUAACGCAUCCAAUGAGUUUGGCUACCUGAUGGCCAACGCUUUUGUCAGUGUUCUCGCUGAAGCACCAAGAGUACUCACUCCCCCCAACCGAGUGUACCAGGUCAUCACCAACAACCCUGCACUACUUCACUGUUCCUGCUUUGGCUCGCCAAUACCAACCAUCACAUGGUUCAAAGACAGUCAGACCAGCAUUAAAAAUGGCGACCCGUAUGUGAUCCAUGAGAACGGCACACUGGAGAUCCACGUGGCCCAGCCGCGAGACAGCGGGAAGUACACCUGCAUUGCCACCAACAACCUGGGGAUCAAGGAGAACCACGUGUUCCUGGAGGUUAAAGUGUCAACUCGUAUCCUGAAGCAGCCGGAGUACAAGGUGGUGCAGAGAGGAAUGAGCGCUGUGUUCGAGUGUAAAGUCAAACACGACCCCUCCCUCAUUCCCACCAUGACUUGGCUCAAAGAUAACGGAGAACUGCCAGAUGACGAGAGGUUUGAGGUGGACACAGACAGUCUGACCGUCAAACAUGUGACUGAUGAAGACGAGGGCACCUACACCUGCAUCAUGAACACGACCCUGGACCGGGACUCUGCCAGUGCAAUGCUGACUGUCGUCGAGGCAACGCCUACUCCGGCUAUUGUCCACGAAAAACCCGACGCUCCGACCGACCUGGAACUGACCGACCAGACGGACAGAAGCGUUCAGCUCAGCUGGAUCCCUGGAGAUGAUCACAACAGCCCCACACAGAAGUUUUUGAUCCAAUACGAGGAUCUGCUCCAUCAGCCGGGACUGUGGAUCAACCUGACCGAGGUUGCGGGCACCGGCACAACAGCCCAGUUGAAGCUUUCCCCGUUCGUCUACUACUCUUUUAGGGUGCUGGCUCAGAACCUCGUGGGCUACAGCGGCCCCAGCCAGCCUUCGCGCCAAUACAGGACCAACCCUGCAGCUCCUGAUGAAAAUCCAUCAGAUGUUCGGGGAGUAGGAACAGAGUCUGACAACCUGGUCAUCUCCUGGACACCACUGACUGGGUUCCAGUCCAAUGGGCCUGGUUUGGAGUACAAAGUGCUGUGGAGACAGAAGGACAUGGACGGGGACUGGUCGUGGAAGAACGUGGCCAACAUCUCCCGUUUUGUCGUGACGGGAAUCCCAACCUUUGUGCCGUUUGAAAUCAAAGUUCAAGCGAUGAACGAUUACGGCAGCGGACCUGAGCCCGAAGUGUUGAUUGGGUACUCAGGAGAAGACUUGCCGCUGUCUGCUCCUGAGAGCGUGCAGGUCAUGGUUCAUAACAGCACGCUAGCAGAAGUGCAUUGGGAGCCUGUGUCUUUCCCUUCAGUAAGAGGGAAACUACAGGGAUACAAGGUGUACUAUCAUCGUGAGCGCGGCUUGCAUGAGACAGAGAAGAUGACGGAUGAGGAGGAGCAGGCUUUGACGUUCAGCGGGAACCGUAGCGAGGGCCGUCUGCCGGGCCUGCAGCCUUACAGCCUCUACAUACUCUUCAUCAGGGUCGUUAAUAGCAGAGGAGAGGGGCCUCAGAGUCCAAGCAAGACGUUUGAGACACCCGAGGGAGUCCCAGAUCCUCCUUCUUUUCUGAGAAUCCUGAACCACAGUCUGGACUCUCUCACCCUGGAGUGGGGCCCACCAAUGAACAAUAACGGACGCCUCGCUGGAUUUACACUGAAGUACCAACCAGUCAACACCACCAAUGAACUGGGACCAGUCAAGAUCAUGACGUUCCUGGCCAACGAGACCACGAUCACCCUGAGCAGCCUGAACUCCAGCAUGCUCUACAAGUUUUACUUAAGUGCAAAGACAAUCAAAGGCUCUAGCCACUUCAUCACAAAAGAAGCCUUCACAGUCAUGGACACAGCUCAUACUCAGCCCCCUGUAGAAUCGGGCAAAGGCCCCACAGAGCCCCCCCACCCAACUAUCCCCAUCACUCAGUCUCUGCCUCCCCCGUUUCACAAGGCGCCUCCUGUAGGCCCUGCGUUUGGCAAUGUUAACACGUCUGUAUCGGAGGAUGGGGCGGCGAUCAGUUGGGAAUACUUUGGACACCAUAAGAAUGUAUUUGUGGAAUAUAUGGUAGAAAACAGCAAAGACGACUGGGAAAAGGAGUUGGUAAACAGUUCACACUCUCAUAUGAUAAAAGGUUUAAAGCCCGGGACGUCCUAUAGGGUGCGUGUGGUCGCUAGAGACCCGGCUGACCCGACGGUCCACAGCACAGACGAAGUGUUGGUUACGGUUCCAGCCGUGCCCAGCCGACAGGUCGACAUCGCCACCCAGGGCUGGUUUAUUGGACUCAUGUGUGCCAUCGCCCUCCUCAUCUUGGUCCUCCUCAUUGUGUGCUUCAUCAAGAGGAACAAAGGUGGCAAAUAUCCAGUGAAAGAGAAAGAAGACGCUCACCAAGACCCUGAGAUACAACCUAUGAAGGAGGACGAUGGGACAUUUGGAGAAUACAGGUCAAUGGAGAGUGACACAGAGGACCACAAGCCGCUGAAGGGCAGCCGGACGCCGUCCAACGGGACGGUGCGCCGUGACGAGAGCGACGACAGCCUGGUGGACUACGGGGAGGGCGGGGACGGACAGUUCAACGAGGACGGCUCCUUCAUCGGCCAAUACAGCGGCAAGAAAGAGAAAGACACGCACGAAGGCAACGAGAGCUCAGAGGCACCUUCGCCCGUCAACGCCAUGAACUCGUUUGUCUAAGGGAGGGGCCCCCUCCUGAUUGCGACAGUUGCUGCUGCCGCUCCUUGUCACCCUGGCAAAUGUAACCAUUCCAGUGGUGACAGUUGCUAAGGUGACGGUCGUGGUGGAAUUAUUACAAUGCUGACCCGCCCUCAUCUCCACACCUGCCAAUCCCUGUCACACUGUGACAUCCUCCGAUCAACACACACUCAGCAGAGACCAACACCACAUCCCCCAUGACCACUGGAGGACGGCAUGAAGCGAGGGAUGUGAGGAAAACAAGAAGAGGAGGAGAGAGGAAGCAAUAUGGAAAAGCAGAAGGAAUGUACAAGAAAGAGAAUUACCACUCAGACUGAGCAGGAGUGUGGCCAAGUGUGUCUGUGUGUGGUAGUGCCAUUUAAUCUCCUUUCCAAACACACUUAACUUGAUAAAUCCAAAUAUAUAUUUAAUCAAAUUUGCCACAGACACGAAAAUAUGCAUCGACUCACAUUCACAAACAUCUGCAUGGCAGCAUUUUAACCUCGUCCUGUCACUUGAUGCACUUGUUGACUGUGUAUAACGAUAAACGGCAUGACUGCUCCCCUAAAGUGAGACCAAAGUGUCUCGAUCGCCAUCUGGUGGCCGGCUGCAGAAUAUGUCAUAAACCCCGCCUCCUCCACGUUAGUGGAUGGGACAUGAGCAAAACAAAAAAUUUGAAGUACACGUCAAAUACAUUUUUUUCAAAGAUGGAUCUCUCAUUUUAGGUAGUUCUUAUCACACUGAUGUUUGUCCAAGCUUUCGUUUUCACAAGUUAUUUUAUGCUAUAAAAGACUGACUCGCAACAGGUCGAGCGCAUGGAUCAGUGGGACCUUGCGACUCAAGGUCCAUUCCGUAAUCCUAAAUCGGGAUAUCCAGGUUUCAUUUCUGGAUUAUGGGAGGAGGCGGGGAUGAGUAAAAUACAGUUGAUGGUGCAAACCUACUAGUGACAGGAUUUUCUUUUUCAGUCAAAGUGUUAAUGGCAUCUGAUAUACAGAGAAUUACUGGCAGCGGUGUCUUUGUGGACACUACAUCUCGCAGUAGAAGCUAGAAUGUCUUUUUGAGACAGAUGAACUGUUUGUACAUAUGUAAUUGACUAAGAAAAAGGUAUAUUUCCAGGUCAGGGAUGUCCAUUUGCAGUCAUUGGAAAGCUGUUUAGAAACACUUUGAACUCAGUCGGGUCACUCCUCACACCAGCCAGCCACAACUCUCACACUGAUUUGACCUUUUUAUCCUCGUGAUUUCUCAAGAUUGCUCUUUUUGCUUUUCUUCUCACCAAACCUACGUUUCUUGUUAGCCAGCUCUAAUGGAACAACAACGCAGGUGCGGUUUAUUCAGUAUCGUCAAGUGCUUCCACCCCUGAAUCCUGGCCACUGUGUAAGCCUGGGUUUAAGGCAAUCACGGUAUUGUCCAAAACUGCUGUCCCAGCAUUGUCUCCGAUAGCAUCUCUUCUACCAUAUCUGAUACAUGCACUGGCAGAAAAAAGAGAAAAGCUUAUUGCAUGUAGAGGUUCACUGAGAGUACACAUGGUAGUUUCCAAGUAUUUAGAUGUUGAUGAUCAAGAACCUGUUAGCAUGGUUUCUAGUGCCUUUGUAGAGAACAAUGACUUGGAUCCAUAGCUAUACCCCUCUUCAUGCACAGUCCAUGAACGCAACACAUAGAAAAAUACCACCCCACUUUACUGAAAUGGCCGUUGCAGAGUAUUCAAAGCUCCACAUUAUUAAGGAUAAUUUAUGCUCAACGUUAGAUACAGAUACGGACAGAGCUUUCUGUUACCCGUUAAUUUUGUCCAUAUUUGUGCACGUCUUCUGAAAGCUUAUGGAGACGGAGGAAACAGACAAAUUGGAGCAGUAACACCAGAAAUCGUCGGGGGUGUAGCCAGUAGUUCAAGCGAGAUGGCCAUAGGACAUGAGGAAGUAUGUGGAAUGCAUAUCUUGCACACCAUUCAUCUGAUUGGCUUCGCAUUUGGCAUGUCUAUUGUAAAUUGCCCAUAGCGGACUGAGACACAGAAGGGUUGACCUACGACAGAGGCUGAUCUCCGUCAUGGCAACAACAUUCACUGAAUCAUUUCCUCUUUGGCAAUUUGUCUACAAAGCAAAAGCACAACGUUUGUUUUGUUGCUGCAAUGCUUAAUACUGAGCUGAAUUAUAGAGCUGUUAUUUUGGAAUGUUGUGAAAAAGCUAAUUCAGUUUCAUUUUAUGAAAAACAGACUAUAAAAUCCUAAUUGCAGAUAAACCUGGUAGGAUGAACCGAUCAUUCUGCACCGUAGACUGUGCACACAAACAAUAAAAAGUGUCAGCAUAUUGUAAAACUGUUUGAGGACGACUCUGUAAUGACGAGGAACAAUUCUGAAGUAGAAUCUGGAGCAUUAACACAGGACAAGCUAAUAGGCAGAUUUAGAACGGGCACUGCACUAGUUUCAGCAACAAUGCUACUUCACCAAGGCCCAGGUACAAACUCUCUUAAGAGGUACAUUAUCGCAACCUCCUCCAUCUUUUCUUGUCGGAAACUCUUGCCUCUGGGCUGCCCUCUAGUGGCUGUAUUGCUUUAACAACCAUGCCAACGUAAAGGACGCAUGGAAGUAGGCCUACGUGGGCAGUGAUGGCUACAUCUCUUGUUGUAUGUAAAGGCAGCAUAAGUAAGCCUUAAGGGAAUAUUCAAUUUAAAGCCCUUUAUUGUGAGCAGUAUAGCCUCUUUGAGUCUUAUUAUGGGGUCCAGGGUGCGUAAACAGAGCUGAAACUGAUCUAACUGAAGAAUUAUUGAUAACAUCUUUUUUCACAGGUACUUCUGAGGAACAAUUUUCAACUAAAGGUUGUAAUGGUCUCGUUGACAAUCAUGUUAGCCAGCAUUUGUCAGCCCAUUUGCAAAGCGCCCAACUCAUACUUACAAUGAAGAAUUAAAGACGGAGCAAAUGUGCCGAAUAUUAAAAUGCAGGUAGCCUGAGGUCACAUCACGGACACCGAAUGAGAUGCCAUCACGCAUUAAUUUCAAACAUUCUCCUUUCAAACCCAUUCACCUUAAGGAGGAUGUGCAGCUGUGCUCAGCACCACUGCCAACGCACUCACCAGGUAACUGCCAAUGGGAACCAGACUCAACUUUCUGGUACAGACUACUAUAAAAAACAAAAAAAUGGGACUCACUGUCACUGGUUGCACUUAGAGAAGAAGGGGUUGGGAAAAUGAAUUAAUGAAUGUGGAAACAAGUGUAUCUGUUUAUGUGAAUGAAAAUAUUGCUUGUUUCACUUCAAAUGGUAGACACACUGGUGACUUUGGUUUAUGCAUUUAACCUUAUAUCUGUGUAUGUCGUCACGAUCCGAGCGCAGCACUCAGUGAGUUUUAUAUUACUGUAAAAGAACGAAGCUUGUGUGUGAAUGUUUGGGUGAGCGAGUGUGUGUGUGGGUGUGUGUGUGUGUGUGUGUGUGUGCAGCACAUGCAUGCUACUAUGUUAAAGCGUGCGUCAUUAUAAUAUUGAUUUCUCAUCCCAUGAAUAAUUCUGACACGAGACGAGCAGUCUGUGCCCACUCAACAGGAGACACAAGACUCCCCCCGCCCCCGAGAACAUUUCCAUGUCUUCAUUUUAUCAUAACUUGCAUCAAGUUUUUUGGUUGCAACGUGUCAGCUUUCCACAUGUAGAUAUUUCUGUUGUAUUCUGUAAACAAUGGCUUGAAUUGAGCAUAGAUGUGUUGAGGUCAGAGGUGAGAGCUUGGCCUCAUGCAUUAGGGAUAAGGGAGGGUGAAAAAUGGUUUUGUGUGACAUGAGACCACUUACAGUUUUCACUCUUUUUCUUUCUUUUAUUUGCCGUGAAAUUUUACUAUUUAUUUCUUCUUUUUAAACUUGUCAGGUGAAUUUGCUCAUUGUUUAGCUGUUCAGGUAUCAAAAGGAGAUUAUUUAACUUGUGACUGAGCUCUCGUGACACCUGUCUCGUUUCUGUCUCUGACCGUUCAUGCACCUUUUCUGUAUUUUUUUCUUCUAAAAAAAAAAAAAAAGGCACACACUUAAACAGGAUUUAUCAUUUCAAACUAAUUCCUGCAUCUAAUUUAGGACAACAUCCAGUGUGUGGAAGCAGAAUGUUGGAAAGCUGUCGUCUUAAAUUAGACGUCUCCUGAAACUGACACAUCCUUUGUUAAGAGUGUACAAAAAAAACACAAGUGUAAUUUGGAGCAUUCUGAGCCGGCAUGGACAGAUAAUCAUACUGACACAACAGGGUGUGAAUAGUGACUGAACAUGCAGUAGGAUAUACAGUAUAUGAUAUGGUAUAAUAUGACAUUCUGGUUAAUGUUGAAGCUACAUGAAAAGCAUGAAAGGCUGUUAAAAUGGUUUACUCUACAGUAUAAUAUUGCAAAAUAUUUUGUAUUUUAAAUGAAGUAAAAAAAAAAAGAAAUAAAUGUUGGUUUCAGGAUUUCAAA